AUGAAGGAGGCCACCGAGGAGACGCUUGCUGGUCACCAGUUCGUCUACGCCGACAUCUCUAAGUGGACAAAGGAGAUCAUGGACACUUGCAUCAGAAACCUCAGUGCACUCAAGAAGCCCUACAAGUUCAUUGUCACAUGCGUAAUCAUGCAGAAGAAGGGUGCCGGCUUCCAUGAGGCCAGCUCGUGCUACUGGGACAGCGCAAACGAUCUGAGCUAUUCGUACCGUUGGGAGAACAAAUCAAUGCACUGCAUCACGUCCGUGUUCGCCAUCAGCCUCUACGCUGGCAACCCCGCACCCGCGAACUGA